GUACUCAGUUUCCUGGAGGCAUGACGAGCACAAAAGGGAUGAUGAUAAAGAUGGCAGGUCUGCAGAUUUUGCCCUGCACGGUCUCUCAGCUCUUUUCCGCUCUGCAGUUCAGCAGUGACUCCUUUGGAAUUGAUGACUGUGAACUCAACCAGGUCUCUGUUGUGGGCAUCAUCAGAGGACUUGCUCCCUUUGUGACCUUCGUGCAGUAUUCUGUGGAUGACAUGACCGGCCCCCCUCUGGCUGUGAAGCAGUGGGUCAGUGCUGAGGACUGUCCGCCGUCAUUGGCAUCUCCUGGAGAUUAUGUCAAAGUUACAGGAAGUCUGCGCAAUAUUAAGGGUCAAAGGUCACUGCUGGCAUGCUAUAUUCGUUGUAUUAAGGACCUGAAUGAGAUCACAUCCCACAUGUUGGAAGUGGUACAAGCCCACAUGCAGCUGUUUGGAAAGAGUGACAUGAAUAUGAACACUGUUACUGCGUCUGGGAUGGGGAGACACCAGAGUCGGAAGAGAGAUGUCAGUGGAUGUUCUGUGGCUCGAUUGCCAUAUAAUUUGUCAACGAUCCAGGAUCAGGUUUUACAUACAGUAAGGAGGCUUUCUGCCCAUGAAGGGAUCUGUUUCAGUGACCUGAGGGAACAGCUCAAUUAUAUCAGUCUGGAUGACAUUAGAAAGUCCUUGGAGUUCCUGCUGAAUGAGGGACAUGUCUUCUAUACUACUGAUGAGCAUCACUUUAAGGCAGCAGAAAAUUAG